AUCACAUUUGCUGAACAGCUAUCGUAGUGUUAAGUUGUAGUAGAGUUUUGUAAAAUCAAACCUAGCCAUGCAUAUACCAAGAAACGGCCCCAAUCGACAGUUCUUUGUCAGAUCACCACCGAGCUUUGAACAACAAAACAGUUAUACAGUUCAACCAACAUUUCACCCAGUAACAAUCCAAUAUCCCAUAAUUCAUAAUGUGCACAAUGGAUCGUUGCGACCCAUGGGUAUGCCCAUGCCACACCACAUACCACGUCACACACACAUGCCAACACACGUACAGCAAAUACCAAUGCAUGACAUGCGAAGAAUGACACACGCUCAUGUACAUAGGCCCCAUCACGCAGCACAUAUAGCACAAGCACAUCAACAGGCAUUUGAGGCACAUCAGGCACAUCAGGCACAACGUGCACAAGAAGCACAAGACAAUGCACAAAUAUUGCAACACUUAGAUGUCCAACAAAAAACAGGAGGACAUCCGCUAUUAAAUAGACUAUGGUCAAUUGAAUCUAGUGAAUCACAAACACCUACAGAACCUCAAAUAAGUGAAUUUGAUGAAAAGGAGCAAAUAACAGCAGGCCCCAAUAUUUUGGGGCAACAAAAAAGUGGCUCCAACAUGCCAACCAAUGAAGAAUGUGGGAUACGAGAUGUCUGGCAUCAUAAUCUGGAAGAGGAGUUCAAGACUAUUCGAAUAGUGGUACAACAGUUUCCAUUUGUUGCCAUGGAUACUGAAUUUCCAGGAGUAGUUGCAAGACCUAUUGGUGAAUUCAGGACUACUGCGGAUUACCAAUAUCAAUUGCUUAGGUGUAACGUAGAUCUAUUAAAAAUUAUUCAGUUAGGUUUGACAUUUUAUGAUGAAUCGGGGAACAUGCCUAGAGGCUUUACAACUUGGCAAUUCAAUUUUAAGUUCAGUUUAACUGACGAUAUGUUUGCUCAGGAUAGUAUUGACAUGUUACAAAACAGUGGAAUUCAAUUUAAAAAGCACGAAGAAGAAGGUAUAGAACCAUUGGUGUUUGCUGAGUUAUUGAUGUCAUCUGGAGUUGUCUUGGUUGAAGAUGUCAAAUGGCUUUCAUUCCAUUCUGGAUAUGAUUUUGGUUAUCUCCUGAAACUUUUGACCGAUCAAAAUUUACCGGAAAGUGAAAGUGAAUUCUUUGAAAUCUUGAGGUUGUAUUUUCCAACAAUUUAUGAUGUAAAGUACCUAAUGAAAUCUUGUAAAAAUUUGAAAGGGGGUUUACAGGAGGUAGCUGAAGAACUAGAUAUCAAAAGGGUCGGACCACAGCAUCAAGCUGGAUCUGAUGCUUUACUAACAGGAAUGGUAUUUUUUAAAAUGCGUGAGAUGUUCUUCGAAGAUAACAUAGAUGAUGCCAAGUAUGCCGGUCACUUGUACGGACUGGGAUCAGCAAUGAUAUUCAAUGGUUCUGCCGGUUAUAUUGAUACAAAUGGAGACAAUUCCACUUCGACGUAAUAAUCGAGAGAGUACGCAGAUAAUUCGUUUUAUUACGAAAAACGAAAAUAAUCUAAAAAAGAAAAUUUUUAUUUAUGAAGUGUAAUAGAAGUGUCAUUUGUUGAUGGGUGUACAAUUCAUUUUUUUAAGUUUUAAAACUUUUUUCUAAUACAAAUAAUGAGCAUUGUAUAUUCUCCUUCGCAUGUGAAGUACCAUAGAUGACAAAAAAAUGAAUGAAUUUUAUAAUAUUCUACGCAUAACUUUGACUCUUUGAAUGAAAUGUAGUUUUAUAUGUUGUUAAUGCGAUUAAUUUAAGAAAAAUGUGUAAAAGCUAAGCUUUUGCUUCCGCCUCAGAAAGCAAAAAAGUGAAUAUUUUGAUGAAAACCUACGACUUUUUUCGUCGUAGUUGUAUUUUUUUCAUAAAGUUUUAAGUCUUUGAAGCUGCUUGAAAAAGAAACCGACAUUUACUUUAUUGUAAACACGUGUUAAAAUCGUAUUACAAUUGACUAUGUGUCGUUUCGAACGCCUAGGUGUCAGUCCGUUAUGCUCAAAACAAGUGUACAGUGAAUGUAACACAGCACACAUGUGUACAUUCAGGGACCUUCGAAACGACUCGAUUAUAAAAUCUAAAAUUUCAAAUUUAUUAAAAACAAUUUGGACCUUUGUAACAUUGUGAAAAAGUAUACUUGUACAUUUUGUUUCUAAAAUUUCAUACAUCAAAAAAAAAAUUGAAUAAAAUGUGAUUCAUCACACUGCCCUUAGACAAGGAGA